CCACGGAGGAACUACCAGUCAGUCUUCUAUGUCCUACUGCUGUCUUUCCCGCCAAUUAUUUCUCUAUGUCUAUGUAUUAGCACAUAUGUACAUACAUGUCCCAUGUAUAAAUAUUACACUCUUCGCCAGUCCGGGACCGAAAGUAAAAAUUUCGUUGCGUACAACUAAACCCUAAAGAAGAUGACUCAGAAUUUUGAGGAGCAGAACAAGCUUCCUGAGCUCAAACUAGAUGCUAAGCAAGCUCAAGGGUUCCUCUCAUUCUUCAAGAGACUACCCCAAGACACAAGAGCAAUUCGAUUCUUUGAUCGUCGGGAUUAUUAUACUGCCCAUGGCGAAAAUGCAACUUUCAUUGCGAAGACUUUCUACCAUACUACCACAGCACUGCGACAAUUGGGUACUGGUUCAUAUAGCCUCUCCAGUGUAAGUGUGAGCAGAAACAUGUUUGAAACAAUUGUCCGUGAUCUUCUCUUGGAGAGAACAAACCAUGCUGUUGAGCUCUAUGAGGGUAGUGGCUCAAAUUGGAGAUUGGUGAAAAGUGGAACUCCAGGAAAUAUCAGCAGUUUUGAAGAUAUAUUAUUCGCCAACAAUGAGAUGCAAGAUACCCCUGUUGUUGUUGCACUAGUGCCCAAUUUUCGUGAAAAUAGCUGCACUAUUGGGUUAGGUUAUGUUGAUCUUACUAAAAGAGUGCUUGGGCUUGCUGAAUUUCUUGAUGAUAGCCAUUUUACGAACGUUGAAUCAUCUUUGGUUGCUCUUGGUUGCAAGGAAUGUCUUUUGCCUUUAGAAAGUGGAAAAUCCAGUGAAAUCAAGACUUUGUAUGAUUCAUUGACUAGAUGUGGCGUGAUGUUAACUGAGAGAAAGAAGGCUGAGUUUAAGAUGAGGGAUUUGGUGCAGGAUCUUGGUAGGCUCGUCAAAGGUUCGAUUGAGCCAGUUCGAGAUUUAGUUUCUGGAUUUGAAUUUGCACCUUGUGCUUUGGGGGCACUGCUGUCGUAUACAGAUCUUCUGGCAGAUGAGAGCAAUUAUGGAAAUUAUUCUAUCCGAAGAUACAAUCUUGAUAGCUACAUGAGAUUGGAUUCUGCUGCUAUGAGAGCACUUAAUGUCCUGGAAAGUAAAACAGAUGCAAACAAAAAUUUCAGUUUAUUUGGACUAAUGAAUAGAACAUGUACUGCUGGAAUGGGAAAAAGGUUGCUGAAUAUGUGGUUGAAACAGCCUUUGUUAGAUGUAAAUGAAAUUAAUACCAGGCUUGAUUUAGUACAGGCAUUUGUGGAGGAUCCUGCACUUCGACAAGACUUAAGGCAGCAUCUGAAAAGAAUUUCAGAUAUUGAGCGACUGAUGAACAAUCUUGAGAAGAAAAGGGCUGGUUUACAGCAUAUCGUGAAACUUUACCAGUCAUGUAUAAGACUUCCAUACAUCAAGAGUGCUCUAGAACAGUAUGAUGGUCAAUUUUCUUCCCUGGUAAAGGAGAGGUACCUUGAUCCUCUUGAGAUAUGUUCUGAUGAAGAUCACUUGAAUAAGUUUAUUGCUUUGGUGGAAGUUUCUGUUGACCUCGAUCAACUAGAGAAUGGGGAAUACAUGAUAUCAUCUAGUUAUGACCCUGCACUCUCUGCAUUGAGAGAUGAACAAGAAUCACUAGAUCGAGAAAUUAGCAGUUUGCAUAAACUUACUGCCAAUGAUCUUGAUCUGCCUGUGGAUAAAGCUUUAAAAUUAGAUAAAGGCACACAGUUUGGACAUGUUUUUAGGAUUACGAAGAAGGAAGAGCCAAAAAUAAGAAAAAAGCUUACCACCCAAUUUAUUGUUCUUGAAACCCGAAAGGAUGGAGUCAAAUUUACUAACACAAAACUUAAGAAGCUGGGAGACAAGUACCAGAAGGUGCUCGAGGAGUACAAGAAUUGUCAGAAAGAACUAGUUAAUCGUGUAGUUCAAACAGCGGCAACUUUCUCUGAGGUGUUUGGUUCAUUAGCUGCUUUGCUUUCUGAAAUAGAUGUCUUGCUGAGUUUUGCGGAUUUAGCUUCUUCUUGUCCAACUCCCUACACUAGACCAGAAAUCACUCCAUCGGAUGAGGGUGAUAUCAUAUUGCAGGGGAGUAGACACCCUUGUGUUGAAGCCCAGGACUGGGUGAACUUUAUACCAAAUGAUUGUGAACUAGUGAGGGGUAAAAGUUGGUUCCAGAUCAUUACAGGGCCUAAUAUGGGUGGGAAAUCUACAUUUAUUCGGCAGGUUGGCGUGAAUGUACUGAUGGCACAAGUUGGCUGUUUUGUUCCAUGUGACAAAGCUUGCAUUUCUGUUCGUGAUUGCAUUUUUGCUCGUGUGGGUGCUGGUGACUGCCAACUUCGUGGGGUUUCUACAUUUAUGCAAGAGAUGCUUGAGACUGCGUCUAUUUUGAAAGGUGCUACAGAGAAGUCGCUGAUAAUCAUUGAUGAGUUGGGCCGUGGAACAUCAACCUAUGAUGGCUUUGGUUUAGCUUGGGCCAUCUGUGAACACCUUGUUGAAGUGAUUAGGGCACCUACUCUGUUUGCGACCCACUUUCAUGAACUAACUGCAUUAGCUCAUGAAAGUGCUGAUCUUGAACCUAACAUCAAACCUAUUGUUGGUGUAGCAAACUAUCAUGUCAGUGCACACAUUGACUCGUCAACUAGAAAGUUGACCAUGCUGUACAAGGUCGAGCCAGGAGCUUGUGAUCAAAGUUUUGGCAUUCAUGUUGCCGAAUUUGCAAAUUUUCCUGAGACUGUGGUGGCCCUUGCUAGAGAAAAGGCUUCUGAAUUGGAAGACUUCUCAACUGCUUCAAUUGUUUCUAAUGAUUCUACACUUGAGGUGGGAUCAAAGCGCAAGAGAGAGUGUGAUUCCAAUGAUAUCUCUCAAGGUGCAGCCCGUGCUCAUCAGUUUCUGAAGGAAUUCUAUGAUUUGCCAAUGGAUAAAAUGGAUGUAAAGCAGGUGUUAGAGAAAAUAAGCAAGAUGAAAGAUGACUUACAGAAGGAUGCAGUGAACUCUAAAUGGCUCCAGCAGCUAAUCUAGAUGUAAACCCUCAUUCUCUCUGAUCUUUGACCUUUUGUAAAGCGUAUCCUGUAAAUGAGUCAUUUCCAUGGAAGUGGCAUCCAGUCUGUAACCCAUUUUUGUGGCUAAAUCAAGUCCCAGUUGAAACUGCAGCCUACUUUAGCUGACUGGAUUUUUAUUUUCAGAAAGCAAUAGCUUGCUAGUUAAAUGAGCUGAUGCUGCCAUUAUAACUAUGCCCUUUUUUUCCUCUCUUUUCUGAAAAAGGGAGUUUCCGGGAGGGAGUUAAAUGUGCUGAUGCUGACCAUUAUAGCUAUGGUUUUUCAUGAAAGUAAAUUAUAUUUUUGUUAA